AUGCGGUCCACCGCCAUCAUGUCCGCCAUCAAGAACUCCAAGUUCAGCCGCUUACCGCGAGCGAUGUCUGGACCGCUGAAAUGCCCGUUGGAAGGCCCAGCUCUUCUCCACUCGUCGCGCUUCAGCAAAGGCUCUGCCUUUCCGGAUGAUGAGCGAGCCGCUUUCAAGCUCCAUGGACUGCUCCCGCCUAAUGUCCAGACCCUGGAUGAACAGGUGGUGCGGGCUUACCAGCAGUACAGCAGCAGGGACAGUGACUUGGCCAAAAAUACCUUCAUGGCAAGCAUGAAGGCGCAGAAUGAAGUACUGUACUACAAGCUGUUACAAAAUCACCUCAAAGAGAUGUUUCCGAUCAUCUACACUCCCACCGAAGGCGAUGCUAUCCAGAACUACUCCCGGUUGUUCCGAAAGCCCGAGGGGUGUUUCUUGAACAUCAGGGAUCAGGAUUCCAUUGAUGAGUCUCUUUCUAACUUCGGAGGUGCGGAUGAAGUUGAUUAUAUCGUUGUGAGCGAUGGAGAAGAGAUUCUGGGUAUCGGGGAUCAAGGCGUUGGCGCCAUCCUCAUCUCAGUUGCCAAGUUGGUCAUCACCACCCUAUGUGCCGGUAUUCAUCCAUCGCGCCAGUUACCGGUGGUGCUUGAUUGUGGAACAAACAACCAAGAGCUUCUCAAUGAUGACCUUUAUUUGGGCCUGCGACAGCCCCGUGCAAGAGGGGAGGAAUAUGAUGAGUUUGUGGACAACUUUGUCAAGGCUGCGCGGAAGCGUUUCCCAAAGGCUUACAUCCACUUCGAGGACUUUGGUCUCCGAAAUGCAAGAAAAAUCCUGGACAAGUAUCAAUCUCAAAUUUCCUGCUUCAAUGAUGAUAUCCAAGGCACGGGUUGUGUCACACUGGCAGCAAUGACGGCAGCCUUGCAUGUCAGCAAUAUCAAGCUGGACGAGGUCCGCGUUGUGAUAUUUGGUUCGGGAACAGCUGGCACUGGCAUUGCAGACCAGAUUGCGGAUACUAUCGCGACGGAGACACACAAAUCAAAGACCGAAGCAUCGAAGCAAAUAUGGUGUAUCGACAAACCAGGUCUUCUCGUCAAAUCGCUCGGAGACAGCUUGACUCCAGGUCAAGUUCCCUUCGCAAGGGAAGACGACGAAUUGCCAGAGGGGAAACAGCGUGAUCUACUCUCGGUAGUGCAACACGUCAAACCCCAUGUCCUUAUUGGAACAUCUACAAAGCCCAAGGCAUUCACGGAGGAGAUUAUUCGGGAGAUGGCCAAGCAUGUGGAACGCCCCAUCGUGUUCCCUCUGAGCAACCCAACACGCCUUCACGAGGCUCAACCAAACGAUCUCUACAAAUGGACAGACGGGCGAGCCCUCGUUGCUACAGGUAGCCCAUUCCCCCCUGUGGAAUAUGGAGGUGCCAAAUACGAGAUUGCGGAGUGCAACAACUCGACUUGUUUCCCCGGAAUCGGUCUCGGAGCAGUUCUAUCGCGAAGCCGCCUUCUCUCAAAGAAGAUGCUUGUAGCAGCCGUUGAAGCGCUGAAGGCACGGUCACCUGCUCUUGAAGACCCCAACGCACCCCUUCUACCCGAUGUUGAGGAUGUACGGGAAAUCAGUGUGGAUAUCGCUGCCGGGGUGAUUAAAUGUUCUGUCGAGGAAGGACUGGCGCAGGAAGAGGGAAUUCCUUCAGACGAUGCCGAAUUAAGGGAAUGGAUUCAGGCGCAGAUGUGGGAAGCUGUGUAUUACCCCUUGGAAAGGGCAGAUUAG